UUUGUUCAUAAGAUAUUCUGAUGAUACACAAUCUAAAAAAAAACAUAAGGCAGCUCUGUUGUUGCAGAAAAUGUAAAUCGUUUACAAGUCAGCUGCUCGAGCAGGUUGAUGUGGUUCAGAGCUCAUCAACUUUACUGGUAAGCACUCAUGUGUCAGUCACAAGGUUGGAGACAAAGGUCACCUGAUGUUCUCUCAGUCCGUCACAAAUAUCCAAGAUGCUGAAGACACCAGACGCGCUCCUUCUCUUCUUCUGUCUUAUCGGGGCGGCGGAUGCCCUCCUCAAACAGUGGAUUCCUGACACCAACUAUGAGAAUAAGACCAACUGGGACACAGGAGCUGUCCCGUGUGGCAACGACAUAGUUCAGUUUCUAUCCGGGAGAAAAGUGUCUGUGUUUGUGGAGGACGCGCAUGCUGUGCAGGAGAUGGUCUUGCCAAACGAUGGAGAGUUCAUCCUGAAUAAAAGAGCUGGAUUUUAUGUCGUGAGCGGACGAGAUCCAGGCUGUGGAGUGGGUGUCACAACCCAGUUCAAAGAUACAGAUUCCCUUAAGUGGUUUAACCCAGCUCUGUGGCAGGCAGCUGCAACUCAGGACGACCUGCAGCGUGGGAACUUCUUAUUCUCAGUCCACGAGGAGAGCGUCCCCUGCCACUAUGAUGAUGUGGUUUUCAAAGAACUCUCCUCUUUCAGGGUGGACACCACCGCCGAUGAGUCUAGCGUUCCUGUCAAAUCUGUCUCAGUGCUGGGGAAGAAGUUUGAAAGCAGAUCUGAGUUCUCCCAGUAUCUCAGCUCACGCUCGGGCCAGCUGCAGUUUCAUGGAUCCACUGCUGUCACCGCUGGAAGCCCAGAGUGUGGGGAUCCUAGUGGCUGUGACUGUGGGAACUCUAUGAACAAUCUGCGGAUCUGUAUCUAUGUAGAUUGUCCCUCUCUGAGCUGUAAGAAGCCUCUCCUCCCUGCAGGACACUGCUGCCAUGUCUGCGGCGCCAUCGUCACCAUUCAUUACGCCGCUGGUUUCAACCUGCAAACUUACAGGCAACGGAUCCAUCACCUGUUUCUCAUCCAGCCGCAAUACAAAUCCCUCCAGCUCGGCAUGUCUAAAGUCUUCAGGUCACAGCGGUUAUUGGGGAUCAUCCCUUUUGGCGCCUCGCCUGAGAUCCAGGUGGUUAUCGUGGAUGGAGAGAAGGGAACACAGUCAGACGGUCUGGCCCGGGACAUAUUACAGGACGUCCGUUCUCACGGCUCCGACAUGGGAAUCACUGGGGCUGAAUUUCAAGCCUCCUCUGGGGACAGCACUGAUCCGCCAGGAGGCAACACUGGGAUGGUGGUCGGAGCUGUGUUUGGAGUUUUGAGUAUGAUUACACUCAUUACCAUCGCAGUUGUCCUGAUUCGUAAGGGGGUUGUUCAGAUGCCGUCGGCGCUGCCUUCGCUGCCGUCUCUGAGAAGCUUUAAGAGGAGCAGCGACGUCGUCGGCGACCUCGGCGGGCCUCUCGACCAUGGCUAUGAUAAUCCCAUUUUUGACAAACCCAACAUGCUGCCUGAUAUUCCCGGUGCGUACGCGACUGGCCCUAAUCACUCAAUCUCCAUGACUCAGACAGGUGUGCACUUUGUGAAUCCAUGUUAUGACGAGAAUGAAACUGAUUUCAAUGCCUGAAGUUGUGAACUUUAAGGAUGUUAACGAGUACUUUUGUGUUAACUUGAUAAUUUUACAUAAACAAUAAAUCCUCUAAUAGCUUCAUAAUCAUUCAGCAAAUGCGCUUGUAAGACAAAUAAAAGAA